UCACUCCAGAAUAGAAUCCCUGUUUCCUGCCCCGGGGAGAAUAUUUCCAGCACAUUUCUGUCUCCUUAUGCAAGUUUCUCCCACAUCCAUGGAAAAAACGUCAGCUACUUGGACAUCUCCAGCGGAGGGGACCUGGGAGUCUCCAGCAGCACAGAUCAGACCUUUAAGGUGUGGGAGACCCAUAAUACAGAAGUAAAGAGCGUGCUGGAAGGUCACACAAGGGACGUCUUUUCCUGCAAGUUCUUCCCUUCGGGGCAGGAGGUGCUGAGCGGCGGGUUGGAUUCGCUGGUGAAGGUCUGGUCCGUGAAUGAUGGAAGCUGCUUAGCGACGAUGAAAGGACACAGAGGAAGUAUCCUGGACAUAGCUGUUGUGGCCGAUGGACAGAAUGUCAUUUCCUCGGGGCAGGACGGCACGGCUCGGUUAUGGGACUCUGCCCAAGGCGCCUGCAUAGCUGUGGUCGAUGACUCCUACUCUCCUAUCAACGCCAUCGCUGUGGCCGAGGUUGGAAACGCAGUCAAUCUGGGCUCUCCCAAGGAAACUCCUAGUAACAGGGAAGUAGGAACAGAAGGCAAGCUGGUGGUACUGGCCCGAGAGGAUAAGUCAUUGGAGGGAGUGAGCCUGCACAGCCGCCAAUCACGAUGGAAAAAGGGGUUCUUCUGCGCCACCGGGAAACCGCCCCAAAAUCUCCGCCGUAAUCACUUCCCAGAAACAAGCUGACGCCAAAUGUGGGAAAGAGAGCGGCAAACACUACAGCCAAAGGCUGGGGCCCGACAACGAGAGGCAGUUUGUGUGCUCCUUCUGCGGGAAAUGCUUCAGAAGCUACUGCUACAUCAGUGCCCCGUAUGCAGCAAAUGCUUCUCGAAUAAAUCCGUCCUGAUCCGGCAUCACAAGAGCCACACGGGGCAGAGACCAUUCACCUGUAGCUACUGUGAGAAAUGCUUCUCCCACAGAGCCGGCCUGCUGGAGCAUCUCAGUCUGCACGCGGGGGAUAGACCCUACGUGUGCCCCGAGUGCGGCAAGUGCUUUAAGUACAGAGCGUCCCUCACGAGCCAUCGGAGGAUUCACCGAGGGAAGAGCAUCUGUGUGUGAGGGAACGGCGCUCUGGGUUCCAGACUGACAAUUUGGAGUCAUUUAGUGCAGCGGUUCUCAACCUGUGGGUCGGGACCCCUUUGGGAGUCGAACGACCCUUUCACAGGGGUCGCCUAAGACCAUCGGAAAACACAUAUUUCUGAUGGACUUAGGAAUAAUAAUAUGGUUGGGGGUUAGCAUAACAUGAGGAACUGUAUUAAAGGGGUCACGGAAUUAGGAAGGUUGAGAAACACUGGUCUAGAUCAUGGCAUUAGGAAGGUUGUGAACCACUGGUCUAGAUCACAGCAUUAGGAAGGUUGAGAACCACUGGUCUAGAUCACGGCAUUAGGAAGGUUGAGAACCACUGGUCUAGAUCACGGCAUUAGGAAGGUUGAGAACCACUGCUUAAGUGCAUUUAAAAGGAAGAAUUGCCUGUUAUAAGACGAUAACAUUCCCCAAAUGCAUCUAUCCAAUCAUAACAGACAUAAAGAUAUUAAUAUUCAUCA